AACCUUACCCUACAGUUAAAGAGACGAUUAAGUCAUAUGGUGUGUUGAUUCAGUGGAUAAAACUAAAGAAUCAUCAACUAGCGGCUUGUGAGUGUAAUUCGUGUUUGUGGUGAUAGGAACACACUCAGCUUAGCUUAUUCAAUUUGUCAACUAGGAUCCAUAUAUGAAUGUGUGCUUUUUCCAAAACCUCUCAAUAUUGACUUUAAGUGAUACAAUGAAAGACUUACGGAACACUGAAUUUUCACAAUAGAGAUAAUUCAUGGUAACCUUGCUUGUAUGAUCCACCUCUGUAGCAGUCUUCAGUAAAUAAGGAAUGGAAACCCAGCAAGAUGAUGGUUAUUAAGUAUCACAAUUGAGAAACAGGCGAUACAAAGCUAACACAUGGAGCUGGCAAAGUCCAGAGAUUUCUUCCUCAGCCGGGAGAAGAACCUCACGUUGUCCAUUGUUCUCCUGGCUGGGUGUUACACUGCAUUGCUGUGCCCUGCGUACUUCCCCAGGCAGCUGACAAUCUGGAGAGAAUACAGCAUGGAGCACGAGCUUGUUGAGGUGCUGCGGAACCGUUCAACCUCCCUCCUGUCCCAGGCCUGUCGCCCUGGCUGGAGCCGGGUCAAGCUCAGAGAGGCUUACCCAGGCCAGCUCCCUCCCGGGGUCCCAGUGUUUCUGCAGGGAGGAGAGGGAGUGUUGUCCCAGGCUCACUCAGAGAGAUUUCCCCCUCCUCUGGGUCUGCAGGGGAGUGAAGAGCAGGCUGCCCGUGCACUGCUGGGACUGCCCCCGACCAGCCUAUCCCCAGAGCUAGGGGGUGGUGGGUUGUGCAGGCGCUGUGUGGUGUUGGGGAGUGGGGGGGUGCUGAGAGGGAGCCAGCUGGGACCCCACAUCGACCAACACCAUGUUAUUAUCAGGUUAAACAGUGCUCCAGUCUCUGGUUUUGAAGAGGACGUUGGCUACAGAACUACCGUCCGUCUGACCUACCCAGAGGGGGCGCCCCACUCUGCCAGAGAGUACAGCAACACCUCGCUGCUGGUUGUGGCGCUGUACAAGAGUUCUGACCUAGACUGGUUCACCGCAGUUGUGGCCAGGCAACCUCUGGGCUGGUGGACUAAGCUGUGGUUCUGGCAGACAGUGGUGGAGUCCGUCCCUCUUCAUGCUGAAAACUUCAGAAUCCUGAACCCUGAGAUCAUCCGGGAGACCGCUCUGGGUUUCCUGGGGUACCCCAAACCCCAACAAAGCCUAAUCAGCCUCAGCAAGGUGCCCACUUUGGGUGUGACUGCAGUGGUCAUGGCGAUUCGGCUGUGUGACGAGGUCAGUCUAGCGGGGUUUGGAUAUGACCUGAAACACCCCAAGACCCCCCUGCACUACUACGGGACUCUGCGCAUGAAUGCCAUGGGGGUGCAGUCAGUUCACGACGUGGGAGCUGAGAAAAUGUUUCUGAGGUCCUUGGUCCAGGCUGAAGCAGUGAAUGACCUGACUGGAGGGGUCAGCUGGUAACCCAGAACUCUGGUUCUGGAAGUCUGACAGGUCACCAUAGAGACAGCUCAUGUUAUCCAAUAGGAACAGGGAAGAUUCAUUCAGUUAUAAAUAAACAGGAACCAGUAACAAAUGUAUUGUAGUAAGUAAUGGCCUUAAAACAAAUGUAAAAAGUACAUAUUAUACAAUAUACAGUACAGUAUUUAUUUUUUUAAAUAACCAGCAUCACACCACUCCUGUGCACUAUUAUUAAAGUAAAUAAAAAUAAAAAUAAAGCUU